GUUGCGAACUUCGAGAGGUUGCUGAGCUUCGAGAGUCUAUAAAAUUGUGGAAAGAAGAUGUAGAGAAUGAUCAGGUAUACUCAGUUCAUAAUAAUUAUAUAGAACCGUUAAGUAUAAGGGCUACUUGGGGAAGGGGAAGGUGGUUUGAUAAAUUGUUUAUAGUUGAAAACAUUAUUUUAUAUUUCUUUUCUGCGUACAGAGUAAACUUUUAAACGCCCUGGAAACCAUCGAGAAAUCUUUGAAACAAGAAAUCCAAGAUUUGAAAGAAAGACAACUCCGCACUGAAGAAUAUGUCGAAGAAUUGAGAUUAGGACAGCUCACUUUGAAGGAAACAAUCGAAAGGAAACGCAAGGAAGAACCACGACAUCUUUUCAUGGCGCCAAAGCAAACUAAGUGGUUCUGUGGUCGGGAAUCCGAACUGGCUUUACUUCGAAUUAUGCUGAUGAAUGACAGUGAAGAGAAAGUAACCGUAGCAGCCGUAUCUGGCCUGGGAGGAAACGGGAAAACAAGUCUUACUGCAGAAUAUAUACACAAAUGGAAACACUACUAUCAUGGAGGCGUCUAUUGGUUUUCUGGGGAAAACGAUAUCAAGCUGAAAGCUUCCGUUGACGAUAUUGCUGCACAAUUCAAUACACUUCAUGACAACUCACUUGAAGCUACAUUAUCCAAAACCUUGGCGGUGUUUUCGCGCAUUACUAAACCAUGGCUAAUGGUCAUUGAUGAUAUGGAUGAAUCUAAUCUUUCGCAAAAUUUAUUGAAGCUGGUGUUGGGAUCGUGGCAAGCAAACGUCGCGUGCUUUGGACAUCUUAUUGCAACAACUCGAAGAACAUCGCAGGAGUUAGAAGAAGCUAUCCUUGGUUUCAAGGAAUCCAGAUGCCUUACGCUUGAGUGCUUUAGUUUGAAGGAGGCGAAGAAAUUCGUGUUCAAAAGGAUCGGGAUUGUUGGCGAUGAAGUGGAAGGUUAGCUAACUCUCCGGUACAUAUAUAUGUACUUUUAAAACUAUGUGAUGGUUCGAAAUAAUUGGGAAAUAAUUCUCAAUUCUGAUUGGCUGAAAGCAGUAGGCACUAAAAUUUCUUUCGAAAAGUGCACUUGCAUGCAAUUCCACAUAAAUUUAGUACAAAAUUUGAAAUUGAAUUGUGUGGUAGACGCUCAAUAGCAUUCCCAACAUUUCAAUUCCAACAACUUAGUAAAAAAAUAAGAUGAACAAAACGUUUUCUCGUGAAUUUUUCGAAGUCCUGAAAUGCAAUCACUAAUCUCUGCAAAAAAAUUAAAAUAAGCACUUGAUUAAUUAUUUAAUCAUAUUAUAAGUAAUUUAAAUAUGAUCUUUUCCUUGACGUAGACAAGAAUGUAGAUCUUCUAUUUCAAAAACUUGGUGGAUUACCAUUGGCAUUAGAACAGGCUUGUGCUUAUAUCAAGUACCUUGGAUGCACAUUAUCCGCCUACUUAGAUUUGUACGAGAAACAAUCCCUUCAACUUCUCAACAAAAAGAAAGCAACUUCCCCUUACGGAACAUCUCAAGAACGAUUAGCCGUCCGUACAACAUGGCUUCUCAACUUUGAACAUAUCCGAAAGAAUGAACAUGGAAUGAUCGCCAUUCGUUUCAUUAAUGCUACCGCGUUUAUGAAUCCCAAUGAAAUUCAAAAGGAACUCAUUAACGUCGGAGAACCCCGGAUUGAUGACAAAGCAUAUUGUGAUCAUGUGAGCUCUCCUUUAGGUUCUCUUGAAGUCCUGAAACUCCUGACCGAUUUUUCACUUUUUAAGGAAACACAUAACUCUUCCCUAGCAGUUCAUCGCUUAGUCCAGGAUGUCAUUCAAGAGCAUCUUAAGCCGGAAGAGAAAGUUGAAAGCAUUGUUGACGCAGCUCGUUUGUUGGGUCUUGCCUUUUUAAAUUGUCCUUCUCCAGAUGUUCUAUUAGAAAAUCAAGUUAAUGAACAUGCCGAUCGAUCUUCUCUUCAUUUAACUGAUUCUUCCCGCUUCUACAAGUGGCGUAAAAUGUGUUUGCAUGCAUGUGAAAUUAAAAUUAAUCUUGAGACGUUUCUAAAUAUCUUCCGUGAUGUAAAAGAGAAAACUGUCUUUCUGCCUGAAGUAGCGAGAAUAGUAUAUGAAUGUGCAGUAUAUUUAAAUGUUAAUAAUUAUACUAGUCAGGCAUAUGCUGUUGCCAACUUUGCUUAUCGCAUUCUUGACUGGAAUGACGAGGAGAUUUCAGAGGAACGGGUAAAAGCUUUAUUUCCACAUAUGUUUCCUCUCUCAGAGUUUCUUCGAGGGCAUAUCCGAUAUUCCUGUAAGGCACCUCUUGACACAAACAAUCUUUCUACCUCUAAGAUUUCUGUUAACGAUUCUUUGAAAUCAGAAAUUGAAAUAAUGCGCUUGGAAGGUAAUGAAUUUUUUAUGGAAAGUCAUUUCCAGAAAGCUAUAGAGACAUAUUCCUCUGGUAUCGAUAGAACAAAAGGAACAAAUUCCUUUGAUCCCAAGUUGCUUAGCAAUCGUGCUUCUGCUUAUCUCAGGUUAAAGCAGUUCAAUAAUGCCCUGAAUGAUGCUGAAGAAUACAUGAAGUAUUCCCCUGAGUGUUGGAGAGGUUAUGCUAAGAGAGCCUUGGCUCUUCAAGGCUUGAAUGAAAAGUGGGAUGCACUGUGCGCUGCAGCUUUAGCAUUUUAUCAUGAUCGGGAAGUAUUUGAGCACUUUCCACCAUUCCAAACAUCAUUUCCUAAUUUAAAGCAAUCCAUUUGUGUUUGUGAUAACGUUUCUUUACUAAUUUCUUUGCUUUCUCAGUUGGUAUACGGAAUUGUUUCUGAUAUGCCGAGCAAAAUUAUUGUUCUCGAGCCUGGAAAGUACUGUCUUUCUGCGGAGUGUAUUGACGGGUUUAGAACUGAAGAAGAUCAAUUCUCCAAGGUGAAACGUUUGUGGAUGGGCGGGUUUUGUCUUGUUGGUGUUGGUGAUAGCUCGUCUGAACCUGGUGUAACAUUAUCCUUUGGUAGUAACUUUGGUUUAUUGCUUUCUCAAAAUUUCAACGCUGUUAACCUUUCUUUUAUAUUUGACUUGGGAAACUGGUGGUGCAAGUGUGCGUCCAUGGUCAGGCUUUUUAACUGUUCGUUUACCAGUAAUAUAGAUGAUCGUGCUUUUGUGUCACAGGGUAGUCUAAGUGUCAAGAAAUGCCAGUUUAUCAACUGCAGAAGUACGGCUUUGUGCGCUGCUGGCAGCGCUGAAGUUGAAGACUCCGUAUUUUCAGGUAAUAUGUCUAUUGGAUUGCAAGUUGGCAAACCUAGAAAUCUUGUGCUUAAGAACAGCAAACUUCACGGGAAUCAGUGGGGUUUAGAUGUUAGGUCUGCUGCGUGUGAUGUUACGGGUUGUCAAAUUUAUGAUAACAAGAAAAUUGGCGUAGGUGUUGAGAACGGAAAGGUAGAGCUCACACGCAAUGAAAUAUUUCACAAUGACCGUCAUGGGAUUUAUGUUUGUAAAAAUUCAUCCGCAAUUAUAGAGGAAAAUGAAAUCUUUGAGAAUGGUUGGCAGGGGAUUACUAAAACAAGUGAUGCUUGGUGCCGUAUUUCUCGAAACAAAAUAUAUCAAAACAAAUGUGGUGGUAUUCAUGUUGAACCGAACAAAAAGGCGCCAGGUCAUCAACAGUCUAUUGUUGAAUUCAACGAGAUUCUUGGCAACAAAGGACCUGGUAUUGACGAAAAGAAUGCAUUUGAUGAUCAAAUUGGUAGUGCAUUUCCGAGCCUUGAAGUCUUGUUCGCAAGCGAAGAGAAUUUCAUAAAAGCAAAAUGCACUGAAAAUAAAUUAAAAAAUAACAUAGAAAGAGAAAGUGAGCCACCUUCGCAAGAGGUUCCUGAAAUUUGUUUUUUCUGUCAUAAACAAGGCCAAUUAAAGAAAUGUCCCAGAUGUUUUACUGCGAAAUACUGCAAUGGAGAAUGCCAAAGAAGUGACUGGAAAAGGCAUAAGAACAAUUGUGCUCGGCUUUUAGAGAAAUACAGCGUUUUGGUAAAGGUUCUUCCAUUGUCAUCCUGUUUAAUUGGUGAUAAAAAAGUUUUAAAGGGAGUUGAAAUAAAGGCGCCAUUUUCUUGGCUUGAACGAAGUGGUCCGCAAUACGCAGAAGCCCCCAAACCUGAUAAACUGUUUAUUGUAAAAAUACAAGCCGCUGAUAGUUGGAGGAAAUCGAAUGAGGGAGGCACUCUUCUUGCUAUAGAAGAUCGUAGCCUGACAAUUAACGGAGAUCUCGAUGUACAUGAACAUUCAGGUCGUAUUUAUCAUCUUGUAAGAGAGUGUGGCUCAAACUGUAACAGUUAUGGUUGGAAGAAAAUGUUUUUUUGGGCUCAGCUGGCAAAAAACAAAAUGGUUCGUGUUUUUGUUGGCGAUUUUCCAGCUUAUCAACGUUGGUAACAAUAAAUAGUUUCUCGUUUAGUGGAAAGGACCUUUCUCAAAUGACAUAGUUAGCUUUUCGCGCCGAUAAGUAAUCAUUGAAUUACAAUAAACUUUUGCAAAUAUUGAUUCAAAUGAUUCCGAUUAAGUUAUCAAAAACUUGAAGCACCAGACAAAAUUUUAGUCAAUCUAAAUCGUUUUAUAUGUCUGCCUGGAGCUUUCUUCAUUUGGACAAUGACCAAUGACCGGCGUACGCGUUGUCUUCUUUACCAUAACGAUUCCAUUAACGUUUUGCCGACUACAACAGCAACAACAACAAGGACAAUGACAUUUCAGCAACCGAUGAACAACAACACAGUGAACACUUUAAAACACUUCUACAUAAAAUGAGUAACUGGGUAAGAAUUGUACAUAUUAUACUUUUGACACUGCAAGCAAUUUGCAAGCAAUCUGUUUUUAGGUUCAGGGAAAUUUGUUAUUCAAUUUGGC